AUGGCUCCGUCCAACGGAUCCCUCAAGGCUCGCCGGCCGCCGGUGCCCUCCAGCAAGCAGAUGCCCAAGCCCGUCAUUCCUGCGAUUCCGCUGCCCUACGUCAAACGCCAGGCUGCGGCCGCAGCAGCAGCAGCUCCCGUGACUGCGACUGUGACUGCGUCGCCCUCGAGCACCAACGUCGAUGACAAUGCCCGCACCAGCACCAGCACCAGCGACAGCGCCCAGAACGGCUCCCUCGAAGUGCAAGCCCCCGAAAUGAAUCAGUCUUCGCCCACGCUGAUCGCGGAUACGCCACGCACCAGCGAGUCCCGUUCGGCGGGCAGCCCAGAUUCAAAGUCUGCUGCCAAGGCCGGGUUACACAAUGCUCGAGACUCGACCAAGGAAGUGGUGAUUGCCAGCAGCAAACCCGUCGCACGACCGAGCCAAGCUACCGGCAAGAACCAGGACUCGACAAACUACGCUGUCCAGCCGACAAAUAUCGAGGCUUCUGCUCCCCAGGUCGCACAAGAAGCCCCCUCCGAAAUGCAACCCAAGUUCCACGACCCUGCCAUGAACGCUGGCCAGGAUGAACACCGACAGAGGCCAGCUCAAUACCCCCCUGUCAAGCUGGUCUCCUCGCAGCCUCCCCCACCUGUGUCUCCGACUCGAUACCAGAUGCCGCCGCCCUUUCAACCGACUCACCGUCCGAUGGGCAUUGUGGCAAACGGAGACAUGUCUCAUGGACCCAGGCCUCCCUUGCCUAACGGACCUCCUCAUAUGCAUCAAGCCCAUGCUAGCAACGGCAGCAUUCACUUUGGGGCCUUUCACGAUUCCCAGAGCUCCUCGCCGGCGCCCCCGCACUCUGGAGGUAUCGCACCACCACCCGGUAUGCCAAUGCCGGAUGGACGGCCGCAUCCCAUGAUGCCUCCCAACGGCAACGGAUUUCCGCCAAUGGUGCCGUAUGGGACCGACAUGAUGCCUGUUGCCAACUUUGAUGGCUAUGGCCGGCCGAUGCCUUUUGCGCCGAUGGACUCGUACCCCCCUUAUGGCAACACGCUGGGACCAUCGACGCCGCAUAGCUACCACGACUCUCAGUCUUCGGCUCACCAGGAGGAGACGGCCAUGUAUAACCAGUACCGCCCGGGAGCGAUGCAUAAUGGCGUUGCGGUUGGGCCUGGUGACGAGGCUCAAGGUCAAAAUCACCAGGGGAGAAUGUUUGGGCUGCCGGACUACCCUCGAAUGAUGCCCACACCCGGCCUGCCUCCUCACAUGGCCCAAGGCGAUAAUGCUGAUGGGUUCAUCGGAUACUUGCAACAGCAAUUCGCGUCUCCUGAGCUGGCCGAUUGCGUCCUUGAACUUCGCUACACCGACGACAGGGCGGCACCUGUGAGGAUUCCCGGUCACCGACUGGUCUUUGCUCGCAGCCUGCAACUCUUCAACCUCUUGCAAAAGCAGAAGCAGAGUGUCCAGACGUCCCCCAACGACCGAUCUCUGCAGACCCUCCUCCUCGAAACGGGUAGCAAGUGGAUCCGCUCGGAUUCGUUCUACAUGGCCGUUCAGCGUCUGUACGGAUUGCCAUUGCUGCACGCUCCUCCUCGGCGAGUUGGCAUGGAGCCGGGCGACGUGACUGCCGCCGGAUCCGUCAAUGAACAGCUUGACUUUGCCAUCUCGUACGCCGCGGCGGGCCACCUUCUCGACUGGACCCCCGUUGUUCGACGCGGCUGUGAGGUCGCCACUCAUCUCCUGACCUGGGAAACUCUGGAGCGGGUGCUGGAGUUUGCACUGGAUGGCUAUAGGGACAAGGGCUCUCACGAUAUCUAUCAGUACGGCAACGGAUCCCAGGUGCUUCUCAAUGCCGUUGUCACCUUUGUGGUUCACAAUUUCCCCUCGCACUUGAAUCUCGACACCGAGGCCGUGGAACCUGUGCCGUAUAGCCGAUUGCCCAUCAGCCCGCCGCCACCGCCGGCCAAAGAUGCCCUCGACAAUGAGAAGCUCUCGCCAGCCGACGAGGGAUCCUCUGUGCAACUUGGAAAGGGACGCCGUCCUCAAAAGCUCAACGGCAUCCAGUUUGGUGACUUGGCCCUUACUGAAGGCAGGAAUUUGGCGGACGCAAACACGCCCAAGGCCACCAGAGCCGCUCAGCCGGCAUCCUUCUCGAUUCUGUCUCGCAUCCUGGUCGAGAUUCCCUUUACCCAGCUGAAGAUGAUACUUGAGUCCUCCGGAUCGGGUAACGUCAAUGGCUGGGCGAAUGCCGAAUCUCGUUACCGCAUUAUCAAGCUUGCCGUCGAGGAGCGUGAGUCGCGCCGCCGCCGAGUCCUGGAUGCCGUCUUGUCCGGCAGGGUUGCCGAUGCGGAAGCGAUCCGAGCAGGCCUCUCCAGUCCCGAGCCGAGGGACUUGGGCUGGUGGACGGCCCUGGGAUGGCAGGAAGAGAUGUUGCCCUACGGCAAUCCGGAUGGUCCAACCUUGGCACGCAAAUGGGUCCCGUUGAUGGACACCCAGAACGGGUCCUUGCUCAACGUGGCCGAGUACCCAUGA